AAUGGCCGGGAGUGACGUCAGCCCCUCCCCCUCCCUGCGCCUGGCCCUGGCCGGGGCCUGGUGGGCUCUGAGGGGGCGUGGCCUGGAUGGGCGGGGCUGGGGGCGGCUCCUGGCGCUGCUCGAGGCCGUCGGGGGAGGGGCCCCGGGACUGCUCCGCCCCCGGCACCGCGCCCGCCUCAGCCUGGGGCUGCGGGCACAGGUGGUGACAUCAGUGCUGCAGGAGUUUGGCCCCUCCCCCGCCGUGCUGGAUGCGCUGGAUUGGCUCUUCCCGGAGGGGGCGGGGUCAGGGUCUGGCUACGCCCUCGGGACGCUGCAAGGGCGCCCCCUGGUGGCCGUGGCCGAGGAGAGCUUCCGGGAGCAGGUGCUGGGAAUUCUGGGAAGUGGGCGGGGCCUGCAGCCCUUCCUGCAGGAGUACGGCUCCCGUUUCCGGGAUUCCCUCGGGAAUCUUUUCCUGGAAUUUUUGCGCCGCCUGGAGAGCGCCCUGCCCCCACCCGACCUGGAUCACCUGGAGCGGCUCUGCCUAAGCCACGCCCCGCAUGGCUGCCGGCCACGCCCCCUCCCAAUCCUGCGCCUUUAUUUGGAGGAGGUUGGUCACGCCCACCCAGCUCCUGUGCCACGCCCACUUCCGCCUCAUAAAACCACCCCCACGUGAGUAGCCACGCCUACACCCCUUCUCUCUAAUUAGUAAUUAGCUAAUUAAGUUAAUUAAUCAGGAUGAAGCACCGCCCACUUCGCCGUCGGCUCCGCCCACUCCGCUUC